AUGUCAUUAACCGGACAAAUUGUCAUAGUUGAUAAUAAUACCGAUAAUAUUAACUCUAUUUCUACUUUGGAUGAUGUUGGAGCUACUUUGAUGUUUCCAAAAAAAUAUAUGGAUAAUACUAAUUCAAUUUUAGUAAACGAUUAUGAUAACAGUAUGAAUAAAAAAGUCAAUUUAACAGCAACAACAACAAACGAGCCAAAUGAUACACAUUCAACUGGUCACUCAACUGGUCGUUCUACCCCUGAUCUAUAUGAUGCAAAUUUCCCUAGUCUUUCAUCAAAUACAUCAACUGCUUCUUCCACUUCUUCCACUUCUUCCACUACAACCACUAAUUAUAGCAGUAUUGUUAAUAGUAACACUGACUGUGUUAGUAAAAACGAUAAGAAUGCCAUUGUCACAGAAAAUUUGGAGUUGGCUGCAUCACAACAUAAUAAUCCUCAACAACAAAAAAGAUCCAAAAAUCAAAAAAAUCAAGCAGCAGAAAUUAUUAGACGAGUGAUGGAACGAACUAAUACAAAAAUAAAUGUAGAUCCUGGUGCGAAAAGUUCUGUUGUGACUUUUUUAAUUGAGGGAAAAGAUGAAGAUGAUGAAAUUACUAUUCAGGUUCCUGCAUCAGCCCGUUCUCAUUUAUUGGGACCUCGUGGUACAACCCUAAAGUCAAUCACUAAUUCAACUGGUGCACGCAUCACACUGCCACCACGUUCUAAAAAUCCAAGAGAAGAAAUGAGAAAGUCUGAAUUGGAUUACGACGAGGAUGAGGAAAUGAUGAAUGUGACAAUUUUUGGUGAGAUGUGUGCUGUUUGUAAAGCAAAAGUUGAAAUUCAAGACCUUAUAAAAUCUAUGUGUGCAACUAAAAGGACACAUUAUAUUAAACAUAUCGAAAGUAAAUUUUAUCCAUUGAUUGCUGGCGCACAUAAUCAACGUAUUAAUCAGCUUGGUCUUGAUACUGGUACAAAAAUUCAUGUCCCUUCUUACAACCCUACCAGUUCCAACAACACAUUCAUUGAUGCAGACAAAAAUUAUAUUGUUAUUACUGGUGAAAGAAAUUCAGUUAAGAUUGCAAGCGAAAUGAUUGAAGACCGUUAUGAAGAUUUGAAAAUUAAUACACGUACUCUUAAAUUCGAGAUUCCAAAACGUCAACAUAAAUAUUUAAUUGGUCCAAAGGGUGCAACUCUUCAAGAAAUUCUUGAAACAACAGGUUGUAUACUAGAAUUACCACCGGCAACUGAUCCAUCAGCGAACGUAACAAUUCACGGACCACAAAACCAAUUAGCAGAUGCUAUAAAAACUGUAAUGAAAAAAGCAAACUCUAUGCAUGUUCAAAUACUUGAUAUUACUGACCUUCAUCACACGGAAAAUCCAAUGAAACAUUCUAUUAAUAUUUUGAAAUAUUUGUGGAAUAGAAGCAAGUUGAAGAACGUUGAAUCGAAAACUGGCGUAAAAAUUGUUACUCCAAAGAUUACAGCAUCAGCAGAAACAGAAAUGAAGAAUUUGGUUAUGGAAUUUGUGAGUAAAGUACCUGAAGAUGUAGAAAAUGCUAGAAAAGAAAUCACCGAAAUAAUCAAAAACUUGCCACCUAGUUAUUUUGAUGUGGUAGAAAUUAAUCCAAAAUUUCAUCGACAUGUAAUUGGUCGUAAAGGACAAAAUUUACAAAGAGUCAAAGAUGCUUAUGGUGUUGAAAUAAUAGUUCCUGAUGAGAAAGAAGCCAAUCCCGAGAUAUUGAUAGUUUUUGAGGGUAGAAAAGUUGUUCCUGUCAAGUAUCAUCGGCAUAUUAUUGGACCUAAAGGAAUUAAUUUGAAUGCGAUUAUUCAUAAUGAUAAUGGUAGUGGAUGUUCAUCUGUUUCAGUAAAAUUUGGGUCAUCUAAACAUUCAGGUGUAGGUGAUCGAUCGUCAAAUACACAAGAAGUUUCAGAUGAUUCUAUUAUAGUUAAAGGACCUGUUAAAGAAGUUGAAAGAAUAGUUGAAGAAAUUAAUGAAAAAGUGGAAGAUAUUAAACGUGUUGAGAAUAUGAAAUCGUUUACGGCAGAAUUUACAAUUCCGGCGAUUUACUCCUCACAUAUUAUUGGUAAAGGAGGGAGUAAAAUAAAAUUUAUCAGAGAGAAUUACAACGUCAGGAUAGAUAUAGAUAACAAGAAUGUCAAUAAAAGCAAUAGUGGUAACGAAGAAGAUGAGACUGUUAAUGUUAAAAUAGUUGGGAUGAAAGUUUAUGUUGAAGAGGCUAGGAGUCGAAUUCUAGACACGAUUGACAAAUUACAAGAAGAAAGCGUUGUUUGUUUGAAUAUUUCACCACAUUAUCACGCUUCAUUGAUUGGUGCCAAAGGUAAAACGGUUAGAAAUCUAGAAGUGAAACACGGUGUACGUAUUAAAUUUCCAAGAAAUAAUAAUUACAAGAAUCAUCCUACCAUCACUCCUAGUAUUAGUAGUGAAAUUGAUGAAGAUCAAAAUAAUGAAGAAGAUUUAGGUUUAGACCCAGAUGUACAAAUAUCUGAUGAAGUAUUAAUAAUCGGUGGUAAAAGAGGAGUUAGUGAGGCUAGAACAGAAUUACUAGAUCUUUUACACUACGCGCAAGAUCAUGAUAAUAUUCUCAGUUUCACUAUUCCAGUCAAAUGUUUGCCACAUGUUGUUGGCAAGAACGGAAGAAGAAUCAAAGAGAUUAAGACUGACACAUUUACAAAGAUUGAUAUUAGUAAACCAAUAACUUUGAAUGUUGAUAACAGCAAUGGUGAUAAUAAUAAUAAGCUAUAUGAGCAAGUUGUUAGAGUAAAUGUGCGUGGUAAUAAAAGGGAUAAUAUCAAGGCCCAGAACAAGAUUUUGGAGAUUGUUGAAGAAUUUGAAAAACAAACAACAAUCAUUAUGAAUAUUGAUCCUAAACAUCACAAGUUUUUGAUCGGACCUGGUGGUAAUCGUAUUAAAGAGGUUAUAGCAAAAGCUGGUGGACCAGAGGAUAAGAGUUCUCAGGCCGGGAUUGUUAAGUUUCCUCGACUUGAUGAUGGUGGUAGUAGAAUCAAUGAGGUUGUAAUUAAAGGAAGUGAAGAACUUGUGAAAAAAAUUAAAGAAGAAUUUGAAAUUUUAAUCGAAGAACAAGAAAAUUUAAUAAUCGAUAUUAUUAAGGUUCCCAGAAAUGAACAUUCAGUUAUUAUAGGCAGGAAUGGGUCCCAACUUCAUAAUAUUCAAAAUAAAUUUAAUGUUGAGCUUUAUUUCCCUGGUUCACGCUCAUAUAAUCAAAUAACAGUGACACAAAAAAUUGAAGAACAGCAUGAAGAUUUGAUAGAUAAUAAUGAUUUAGUAAAAAUAGUGGGGAAAGUUGAAGACAUUAAACUUGCCAAAGAAGAAAUAUUAUCAAAACUUCGAUAUGAAUAUGUGUUCAAAUUCCCAUGUAAAUUCUACAGUACAAUUAAUAAUAACGGAUUUACAUCGAGAAAAUUAAGAAAUGAGUACCAUGUAGAAGAGGAGGAAGAAGAUAAAAAAAAAUCUAAAGAAAUUUCUUGGACACUUAAAGGUGUAAAAGGACAAGUUGAUCAAGCUGUAAAAUAUUUAAAUGAAUUAUUAGAACAAGCGGUUAAUGAAUGUACUGGAUAUUUAUCAAUUCCUCAAAUGUAUCAUGGACAUAUUAUUGGACGUAGAGGAUCAACUAUUUCACAUAUUAGAGCAGAGAGUCGAUGUAAGAUUGAUGUUCUCAAAGUUAACGGUGAUGAUAUGAUUGUAAUCAUUGGAAGCAAAGAAAAUAUUAUGAUAGCUAAAAAUAUGAUAUUUGAAGUAUUAAUUAACUUGAAAAAAGAACAAAAUAGUAGAAAAUCUUGA